CCAAGGGACGCGGCGGCAGUUCUGGGCUGGCCAUGGCUAGGGGUGCACGGCAGCCACCUGAGCGGCGCGUCGGCGUCAGGCUCUUAAUCAAGUACUGACACUGUGGAUCCAGGACAGGUGUGUCCCAUGGCCUGCUCUGAACCGUCUGUUGGGUCAUAGAAGACGCCCCAGGCAAACCCUCUCUCUGUCGCCUUACCUAGAAAGCAAAGAAGAUGGAUCCAUUGACGAGCCAUCUGACGGUGUACUUUUUACCUUCUGUGCCCUUUUUAACCUUAGUAUUCACUCUGGCAACUGCUGAGAAUGUGACUGCCAGCCCUUUAAAUGGCACUGAUGUGGUCUUGGGAUCUGUACCCGAAAUCCUUGCCACGACGGACCAUAUCAUAGUUAAGGAAGGGAACAGUGCCUUGAUUAAUUGUAGUGUUUAUGGCGUCCCUGACCCACAAUUCAAGUGGUAUAAUUCCGUUGGCAAGCUGCUGCAAGAAGAGGAUGAGACGGGGAGAGGAGAAGGAAAAUGGCAGAUGCACGACGGCGGCCUCCUGAACAUCACCAAGGUGUCUUUUUCAGACCGAGGUAAAUACACCUGCGUCGCGUCUAACAUCUAUGGCACCGUCAACAACACAGUGACCUUGAGAGUCAUCUUUACCUCGGGAGACAUGGGCGUCUACUACAUGGUGGUCUGCCUUGUGGCCUUCACCAUCGUCAUGGUCCUCAACAUCACCCGCCUAUGCAUGAUGAGCAGCCACUUGAAGAAGACGGAGAAAGCCAUCAACGAGUUCUUCAGGACCGAAGGUGCCGAGAAGCUGCAGAAAGCCUUCGAGAUUGCCAAGCGGAUCCCCAUCAUCACCUCAGCCAAAACUUUAGAGCUCGCCAAAGUCACCCAGUUCAAAACCAUGGAAUUUGCCCGCUACAUCGAAGAGCUGGCCAGGAGUGUGCCUCUGCCGCCUCUGAUUAUGAACUGCAGGACGAUUAUGGAGGAAAUCAUGGAAGUGGUGGGGCUGGAGGAGCAGGGGCAGAAUUUUGUCAGGCAUGCUCCAGAAGGCCAGGAAGCCCCCGACAGGGACGAGGUCUACACCAUCCCAAACGCCCUGAAGCCAAGCGACUCCCCCACCGCCGACUCGGACACCUCCUCCCUGCACGAACAGCCCCAGCAGAUUGCCAUCCAGGUGUCGGUCCACCCGCAGGCCACCAAGGACCACGUGGAAGACCAAGAAGGCAGGCCACUAGAGGGCAAAGAUGAAGAGGAGACCGAGCCAUCGGCUGAACAGUCCCCGGAAACCGCAGAACCUUCCACCGAUGUAACAUCCACGGAGCUCACAUCGGAAGAACCGACACCUGUUGAGGCGUCAGAUAAAGUACUUCCACCAGCGCACCCAGAGCCAGCAGUGGCCCAGGACAAAAACACCUGCGUUGUGUACGAAAGCCAUGUCUAAUUCCAACGCUGCAAAGCUAUGCAUAUCAAGGAAAACAGGGGCUGCUCCUUGAAAUAACAGUCCUGAUCCGCACUUGCCACUAAGCCUUACCAGGAGACUCAUCCCUUAGACAGAAGUGAUGCCAUUUUAAAAGGGGGCUCGCCUGUGUGCAGUCUCUGGGACUGGCAUUUCCCCAGGAGCAAAGGAUAUGGGAAGCAGCAGGGUACAGGACUAAUCAGACCAAUAGAAGGUGUCUGCUUGCCUGACACGACUCUUAGAGGAUGUUCUCGGCCAAAGUCCUUGAUUGGCAAUGCCCUUCCUGACAUUCUGAGCUCAUGAUCCCUGCCCCAUGCGCCCUGCAUUGCUUUCUCUUUUAAAAAUGAUAAGUCUCCUGUCUUAGCAAAUGCACGUUUAUGGGUUCGUUGCACUUUCUUCUUAGUUUGAAUUAGGUUCACUCUUCCCUCACAUUGGAGUCGUUAUUAUAUUAAUAUUAAUUGCUGUUUCUGGUUCCGCCCUCUUUGUCAUGUUUGUUCUUAUUUUGCCCAAGAACACGUACCUCAGACACUUGGGCCCCAGUCACCGGGAUGAGGGCUCAUAGCCUCAAAGCCACCUGUGAUGUUCCAAAGCAGUCACUAGGCUCAUGAUGACUCUUUGUUUCCCAGGCUUAUUUUCAUGCAUUAUUUUGUGUGUGUCCAACGAAGCUGCUAUUGUGAAACCGAGGGAGAAUUUUUUUUGUGUGUGCCUAGGAAAUAGCACUUUAAUAGCCAAAUAAAAAUGUGUUUACUUAUCCAAUUCUGGGAACCUUUUGGUGAGCUCAACGGGGGUGUGAAGAGUUACUAUAAAAGGCUAUGUAUACCCAUAUGACCCUUGAAAACCGCUGUUGAUCUUUGAAUUACAUCACCCUCCAAACAAAGGCUGACUCUUUACCUGGACACCAUAGUGCAGCCAAAGGCGGAGCUGUUGUGGUGAGCUCCUGUCAGCUGUGGACUCUGGUGUCCCAGAAGGGCUGCGGGGACCUUAGCCACUGCUUUGGAGCAGCAGGUUGGAAGGGUCUGUGAAGUGGUGUCCACGGGUCCUCCUUUGUGAACCGUGAAGCUGGCUUGGUGGGGACAGUAAAAGUUCAGGCUCCCCUGAAGGGGAGAGUAAAGGGUUAGAACAAUGGUUUAGGAGACAGUGCCAUCAAACCACAUGCCAAAAUUAUGGCAUGAUGAUUCAGCCCUCCACGAAAGCUGGUACAUGCAAGACAGCGUGAUGCCAUACAGCGAAGGCAGACCUACUCCAGUAGCUUAGGCUUUGGGCACAUCUGGAUCUCGGUUUCCUCAUCUGUAAGAGAGGGCAGACUGAACGAGUGGGAGCAACUUGUCAGUGCCCUUUCCUCCCAGAACUCCCUCACAGUGAUGUCCUUCCAAGACAGUCCACUCUGGCUUCACCGAAUGUUUUCACGCUGCAAACCACAUUGAAGUGGAAAACACCGCUUUACAAAAUGACAACAUUUUAACCAAGCUGUGUUCUCCACCCCUCACCAAACAAACAAGUAAAUGCAGUAGGACCACGUCUGUCAUGUAGAGGAUCUGGCGGUGGGGAGUAUGAGUGACAUUUGGUUUUGACAUAGGAUCAAGAGACACAGGCACAUUAAAGCAGUUCUAAGGGUCAUGGCCACAGAUGUUACACAGGGCCCUUGGGCAGUGAGGAAGGAACUAGGUCCAUGUGUGUAGUCCUCACCCAGUCAACACCCGAGGGAGUAAAUGUGGGCAAUUCCUUUUGCGCCCUCUCUGAGGUUUAAUCCCCGCCUUCUGUAAAGCAUGUGGGUUGUACUUGAUUGGCCCUGGUAGCACAAACAUUUAGAGUUUUAUGGAAAGCUUAUAAAUCUGCCACAGUGGCCGCCAUUGCCCGAGACAAGCACUUCGCAGAACCAAAGUGGGGACCAGACCGGAUGUGUUGGUCGUGCAAACAUCGCAGCCAGUGUAUCUGCCUCUGUAACUUAGGGGACUGGGCUUGGGAGGUGACCUUAAUGGGUGUCUUUGUUUAUAGGUAAUUGGUGUGACAGGCAAUCCCACAGACAUGGGAUUUGAUUGGAUUUUCUUGAUGGGCAAUGACCCGUUUGGCAUCAUGUCUGGGAUGGACACAUACAUUAGUGCUGGGCAGUCAGGAUAAACUGGGAUUCCUAUCUGGGCUCUCUGGACCAGGGUCGGUAUCUCCAGCUCUUAGAAAAGUUUUCCAGUUGUUAUGGAGGUGAACAGAUUCUCCCCACGCACCUGUGUGUGCAAGGAAGCAACCAUUUAGAAAGCUCCUUUUGCAAUCUUGUGUUUUUCCUCCUCCUCCUCUUUGCUCAUUGCACCCAAACCCAAGUACAAAAAUCCCAGAAGAAAAGUGCACGUAGGCAUUUGUUCUAUCUAGAAAGAUACUGAGCUAAAAUGAGCAUAUUUUUUGUGAAGUAAGAACAGAAUUAGGCGACCAAAGAAUGUUUCCUGAUUGGUUUUAGCUUCUGUAGAUUGAGGAGGGAGUAGGUGGCACACACAGAUUAUUCCAAAUAGUCUCCCUCUUCAAGGCGUUGAGAUGCUCUUGAUGUAGUCAUAGCUGACCGAAGGGGAGAUUGACUUAUAAAAGGGGAUUUCUCCUGUCAGAAAUUGUACACGCUUCCCUUCAGUUUUAUAGCUUCUUUGGCAAAUGAGAGAGGCCUUCCGCAGAUCGUGAAACACAGGACCUCAUUUGUUUCAGCUGAAUUUUCAAAGAUCACGUGAACUGUUAAGCUUCAUGGAAAUUCACAGACAAAUGACCAUUGUGAAUGUGUGUGUAAGAGAGAGAGAGACUGACUGAUUUGGACAGCUUUAAAAGUCCUAUACUAAAUUAAUCUCAAGUUGUGCCAAUUGGGUCCUGUGAAGUCCUUCUUAAAAUCAAACACUUUUUGGUUUCUGCGUCCUCCUGGACGCAUCUUAGUGAUUUUUUUCCCUCUUGAAGUUCUGAAAAUGAUUAAGCUACAUGUGCAUAUUUGAUUCACUUAUCGGUAAGCUUGGGUGGUAUUUAUUCUAAAUGGAAAACAGAAUUUUAUACUGAAAAUCUAUGUAAUUUAUACUGAUUUUGUUUUAUAUAUUAUAUUUUCAUAUCUUUAGGGCACAUCUACUAUUCUCAUCUUUUUGUAUAUCGUACUUGGCAAAAAGAACUACUAAUACUUGACUAAAAUCUCUAGGAACCAAAUGUGAUAGGUAACAUAUAGAAAUCUCUAAAAAUGCCUGAAUGUUCUCACCCAUCGCAAGCGUGUUUGUGCUGUGUUACUACGUCCAGAGUGUUUUAUUCUCAGCUAUGAAUGAACAUUUUAUUGUUUGUUUGAUUUUUUAGUCAAAACCAAAACCAAAUUUCAAGGCUUGACACCCUACACAGUGGCUUCUGGAAUCCCUUCACUUCCUUGUUUUUUGGUUUGUUUGUUUUUACUUUUCAUUGCAGAAGUUUGCAUUGCAUUAUCGAAAUGUGUCCCCUUUGAAGGGCAAAUGGGACAUAAGAGCAACCACAAAACUUCACGGGAAGAGGGAAUUCCGUCAUGACGUCAUACAUGAUUUUAAAGACUGACAACGUGCUAAGGUUUUAACUGUUUGGUGAACCAAGCUCCCUAUGCCCAGCCCUUAAUCAAUGAGGAAAAUGGAAGGUGCAAAGAAUAUUUGCAUGCUCUGAAGAGAACACUCUAAAAGUCGUGCAGCCCACUCAAAUCCGCUAACACCCAGUCCCAGCCUUGAGAGAACACGUUGGAAAGGCACAUCUGACACCUUUUCUCACACAGAUUGGAACACAGUGGAGUGUCAGUGCUGAAAUCUUAAAUAGCAGUCCCUACGGCUCUGUUCAUUAGGUCAGAUCUUGUUUCCCGGUACACUCCUUUCUCAGCACGGUUCGGCUGCUGUCCUGAACGUAGCAUCACACACCCGUUUGGCAAUCCUUUCAGAUGAUAAACCGUGUUUCUAGUCUUGGUACUCAAUUAAAACUAAUUUAUUGAUCAUCUUUAAGUCACAGUGUAGGUUCACGCAUAUUUGGACUACCUGUUAUCUUCAAGGUCGUAAUCAUUUUUAUAGUCUCUGUUUAUUUAAAUAUACUCAAGUAGAUCACAAAGCUUACUUUCCUAAUGCCUUGGUUUAGGAUUGCCACAGCGAUUAAGCGGGUUUGGGUUACACAAAGCCGUGUUGGGGAAGAAAAUCAAAUAGAAUUCUUGUUAUAUUUUCCAAAGGACCAAGUGUUUGUCUAUUAUAUAAGAAAAUAUAUGAGAGUGAAUAUGGUAUUUAAUUGCGUUUUGUUUUUUGGAGAUGGAAUUUAUAACAGGACAAAUACAACAAUAUCGCAGUCAGAAUUGAAGUUAGAGAAUAUGAAGAUAGAAAACAAGUGAUUGUAAGACUCUUCUAGCACAGGUUGUUUUUAUUUGAGUAACAAUAGAAGCCUUCAGAUGUUCGACUCAGCCACCGCGAAGCUGCUAACAGUGAGUCAGGCCAAAAUAGAUGCUGUUGUUUAUGCUCGUUUGCUGUAUUUCAGUAGUUCUGAGUGUCCGUUGCUACAAUAAGAUACUUUUUUUUAAUUAUCUGGGAAGAAAUGUCAAACCGGCAAUUUUUGUGAGCUACCAAAUGUUCACUUAAACAAUAACGAUGUAAGCAAAUGACUAAUAUUUAAGUUGAUGUUACAAGAGCAACAGCCACAAACAAUCAUGUGAUCCAUCUUGUACUUUUGAUUGUUGCUUUAAUAAACGGUUUGUGCAGGUA